UUACAAGCUUGUAAUGUAGGCUUUCUAUCCACAACAAGCCAAGAGUCUCAACUCUCCAAAUCAAAUCCCCCACCCCGGUGAUUCUCAUCCUCAAGCAACUUUAUAGGGUUCUUCUCUUUCUAUCUCUCCCCAACAAUUUUUUUUCUCUCUGCAUGAACGCUGCCAUUCUCAAUCUCUAGCUCUCGCAUGUGGCGAUGGCAGUUCGUGCCGCUAACAGCUGCUCAAUCUUCCGCUCUGCUUCAUCGCCACCUAGCGCCGUCUUCCGAUGUCGUCUGCACCAAUUCAGGUCCUUGCAGUAUCGUAGGCAUUCCGAAUUAGGGUUUAGGUUUUCAAUUAUUCGUUCCGAGCGACAUCUAUUCGGCCAUGGGAGCAUUCGAAGAUAUUCCGUUCAAAGUCUUGUUGCAACUGUCAUGGAGGAGCUGGAAGCCUUACGCAAAAGGAGGAGGGUUCGUGCGAGUAACAAAAUGGGAUUGACCAGCAGCGGGGAGCUUCUUGUAGAUAAACUUGAAAAGCUAGCACUGCAGAAAGGGCUGCUGCUGGAAUUCAAGAAAGAUUCUGAAAGGGUGUUGCUAGCAGUUGCUCAGAAACCUGAUGGCAAGAAGAACUGGAUGGUCUCAGAUCAGAAUGGUGUCAUAACCUCCAUCAAACCACAACAAAUUACUUACAUUGUUCCUGGUGUUGAUAAUUUUGACCACACAGAGAUAUCAAACUUUAUUCAGAGAGCUCAUAGUAACUUGACUUUUUAUUUGGUGCAGGAUCCCACAUUGCUCGAGUUUGCUUGGGUUGAGCUUCUUGAAAACAACAAGACAGUGACAGUUGAAGAAUUAGCUGAGAUAAUUUUUGGUAGUUCGGAGCCUCUUGAGAGCUAUUGUGCCCAUCUUUUGCUAUCAAAAGAUGAAAUUUACUUCACAGUGCUGGAGAGCAAAGGUUCUUGUGAUAUAUCUUAUGGGCCUCGACCUACUGUGCAGGUAGAAGAACUCCUACGAAGGAAGCUUGCUAAAGAGGCCGCUGAUAAGGAAUUUGAGGAGUUUGUACAGUUACUGAAAUCUGCUAAGGCAAUGCCUUUGAAUGCUAAACCCCCAAAAUCGUCGUGGAAGGUUGAAGAGAAACUUCAACACAGAAUCAAGUCCCUUGAAGCAUAUGCAAUUGAUGCAUGCAAAAAUGAUGACCAAAAGAAAACAGCAGGGGUGAUCCUGAAGGCAAUGGGACUGGCUAAAUCAGCGACCUCAGCAGUAAAUCUACUCAUAGAUAUUGGAUACUUUCCAGUACAUGUCAACCUUGAUUUGUUGAAGUUAAACAUUCGUACGGACCACUCAGAUGGGAUUAUAUCAGCUGCUGAGAGUCUUCUUUUAGAUUCAUCUGAUCAAGAUGCUAUUGAUAGAAUUGAUCUAACUCACCUGAAGGUCUACGCCAUUGAUGUUGAUGAGGCUGAUGAGCUUGAUGAUGCGCUGAGUGCAACAAGAUUGCAGGAUGGCCGGAUUAAAGUUUGGAUACAUGUUGCAGAUCCAACUAACUUAGUUCAACCUGGGAGCAUGAUAGACAGGGAGGCAAUGAGAAGAGGAACUUCUGUUUUCUUGCCCACUGCCACUUAUCCAAUGUUUCCUGAGAAACUUGCCAUGGAGGGGAUGAGCUUGAAGCAAGGAAAGCUUUGCAAUGCUGUUACAGUAUCUGUUGUAUUGCAUUCUGAUGGCAGCAUUGCAGAAUACACAGUAAAUAACUCCAUCAUCAAACCAACUUAUAUGUUGACAUAUGAGAGUGCGUCAGAGCUGCUUCAUUUGAACCUGGAAGAGGAGGUUGAAUUGAAAGUUCUUUCUGAGGCUGCAGCACUUCGGUUGCAAUGGCGUCGCCAACAGGGAGCAGUUGACACAAACACAUUAGAAACACGAAUCAAGGUUUCUAAUCCUGAAGAUCCAGAGCCGUUGAUCAAGCUAUAUAUCGAAAACCAGGCUGACCCUGCAAUGCGACUUGUAUCUGAGAUGAUGAUACUCUGUGGGGAAGCUACAGCAAUUUACGGUUCUUCUAACAACAUUCCUUUACCAUACAGAGGACAGCCUCAAUCAAAUAUUGACACGUCUGCAUUUGCGCAUCUUCCUGAAGGACCUGUCAGAAGCUCUGCCAUUGUUAAAAUAAUGCGUGCUGCUGAGAUGGAUUUCAGAAAGCCUAUUCGCCAUGGAGUUUUAGGACUUCCUGGUUAUGUUCAGUUUACAUCUCCCAUCCGUAGAUAUGUGGAUCUUCUUGCUCAUUAUCAGGUGAAAGCAUUUCUUAGAGGCGAUUCUCCUCCUUUCUCAGCUGGCCAGCUGGAAGGAAUAGCAUCGGUGGCAAUCAUGCAUUCUAAAGUAGUAAAGAGGCUCAGCAACAGUAGUCUUCGGUAUUGGAUAUUGGAAUACCUGAGAAGACAACCGAAAGAGAAAAAAUUUCGUGCCUUGAUCCUUAGAUUCAUCAAAGAUAGGAUUGCAGCCUUACUGUUGAUGGAGGUAGGACUUCAAACUUCUUCAUGGGUUUCUUUAGGGAAGCAGAUCGGCGAUGAAGUGGAAGUUCAAGUGGAAGAAGCUCAUCCUCGUGAUGAUGUGCUUUCUCUUAAAGAGGUCGUCAAAGUAUUAUAGUGAAAAAAAUUCACGGUAUCAUCACAGAGAUAAUUUCCCUUGAUGCUACAAAGAUCUGUCACGCAGUCGCUGGGAAGUGAUUUCUUUGAGAGACAACUGGACCAAAUCAAUUUUCCCUUGGUAACUUCUCACUACCGGUUGCUGCAUCUUUUCACUUAUGACAGACAGAAGCGCACAAUGUGAACUAACUGAUUCAGGUACCAAUGAGGUACUAAUGAGAGGAAACAAUACUUCUAAACAUGAGCUUUUCCAGAAAAUGACUAGAGUUGCUAGCAUGCCUCUCCUUUCAAUUAGCCUUUUCUUGUGAGCAUGCUUGGGAAACUGGAAGUGUGAUCGAGAAGAGAUUUGUCUCCUUUCAUGUGGUAUCAAGGACUUCCAAAUUGCCAAGAUUUUGGUUAUACUAAUAGGAUAACAUGUGGAAUCUCGAGCUAAUAUUUUUCAUCUUUCAUUCUUUAUCUUUUGGGAAUAUUCAGAGGCAUUUUUUUUUUAUAUAUUUAUUUAUCUCAGGUGAUAUAGAAUUUGUUGUAUUUUCAUGUUUAUUACCUAUUUGUAAUUCUAUGAUGCUAAUGAAAUAAACAUAACAAAAGUUGUAUUGUAUAAACGUUCCUGUAAAUAGUUGCGAGUCCAAUGAUCUAGACUUCCGGC